GAGCAUCCCCCGAGGGGGGCUGGACGAGCUGCCACGACUCGCCGGGGUGGGGGCCGGGACACCGGGAGCCUCCCCCUAAGCCGCUUGGUGACCCAGUUGGAGCCGGGUGGAGCCGUCUCACGGCAGCUCCUCCUCCUCUCCGCUCCGCGGAAAGUUUGGGGCCGGCCGGCCCGCCGCCGGUGCCUCGCCGCGGGGCUGAGAGCGGCUGGCGGCGGUGGAAGCCGAACCGAGCCGAGCCGGGCCGGCCGCGGCGAGGGAGCUCCCAUGCACCGGGCUGCCGGGGCUGCGCCGCGGCGCCAUGGGGAACGGCAGCGCCGGGGCCGUGCCCUGCAACGGCACCGCGCUCCCGCUGCUGCCGGCGGGCGGCCACAACAUCGCCGCCCUGGUGCUGGGCAUCGUCCUCAUCCUGCUCAUCGUGGGCGGCAACGGGCUGGUGUGCCUCAGCGUCUGCACGGAGCGGGCGCUGAAGACCACCACCAACUACUUCAUCGUCAGCCUCGCCGUCGCCGACCUGCUGCUCGCCCUCCUUGUCCUCCCCCUCUACGUCUACUCCGAGUUCCAGGGAGGUGUGUGGUCCCUCAGCACUGUUCUGUGCGAUGCCCUGAUGACCAUGGACGUGAUGCUGUGCACGGCCUCCAUCUUCAACCUCUGUGCUAUCAGUGUGGAUCGGUUUAUCGCCGUUUCAAUCCCACUGAACUACAACCGGCGACAAAUCGACCUGCGGCAGUUGAUCCUUAUAUCCACCACCUGGAUAUUUGCCUUUGCUGUAGCAUCCCCAGUCAUAUUUGGCCUCAACAAUGUCCCAAACCGGGACCCCAGCUUGUGUCAGCUGGAGGAUGACAACUACAUCGUGUACUCCUCCAUCUGCUCCUUCUUCAUCCCUUGCCCCGUCAUGCUGGUGCUGUACUGCGCCAUGUUCCAAGGACUCAAGCGCUGGGAAGAAGCCAGGAAGGCCAAGCUGAGGGGCAGCAUCUACGGGGCCAACAGGAAGCUGUAUCGCCCCUCAGCCUUCAUCGAGAGGGAGCAGAGCGGCCUGGAGCCCGAGGAGGGCAACCCUUAUGCCCGCUCUGACCAGCCUGGGGACUGCGGGCUGAACAAUGGGAUCCAGACUGUCUCCUACCCACACCUCAAGUACCCCCACCCAGGACACAGGCGGAAGCGCGCCAAGAUCACCGGCCGGGAGCGGAAGGCCAUGCGGGUGCUGCCUGUCGUCGUCGGUGCUUUCCUCUUCUGCUGGACGCCUUUUUUUGUGGUCCACAUUACCAGGGCUCUCUGCAAGUCCUGCACCAUUCCCACCCAAGUCACCAGCACUGUCACGUGGCUGGGUUACGUCAACAGUGCUCUCAACCCCAUCAUUUACACCGUUUUCAACACGGAGUUCAGGAACUUCUUCCGCAAAGUCUUGCACCUCUUCUGCUGAGCCCACUGCAACAGGAGGGGACGAGGUUGGACCAGGCUAUUUUUUGUAUAGUUCAUUAAAGAUCUAUUUCUGCCUAA